GGACCUACUUGUGAACCUCCAUUGGUCUCACAGCACGCUUCACAUCCGCGAUCCUCUCCUGUUUUACGCAGUACUCAUUCUUCCCUGUGCAUACGACCCAUCGAUACGCCCUAUCUUCAGCAGAAUCCUCGGACGAGCGAGUUCCAAUAAUGCUGUUCUAACCGUAUCAACGGAGCACAUAUCUGCAGCGACAGUCCGCAGCCCCAUUCGUGGUCUACACUCACCUUGAGCACCAGAUCAGAGUUGGUGAAGCUCGACUCUGUGUUUACAACCAUGGCCGCGGACCGCUUAGGGGCUUCGGAGCCUCGCCCUGUGCCUACUCCCUCGAGGAAUUCCGAGCGGAGCUCACAAGCGUCAGAAAGCGUCUCACGCGCACAGUCUACGGCACGGCUAGGCUCUCCGCUGCCCUCGUCCUCCCUGCAGGCCGGAUCACCAGCUGUCCGCCAGAUUCCCACGCCGGCGAAGCUGGCAUCCGAGGAACCGUCUACAUCUCAAACGCCUCUUGCAGGCCGCGAUAAUCCCCAAUCCUCGCUGCCCGGCCCUGGUGAAUCAGCGCUCUCGUCAGCCCUGCGGGACCCCUCUGGAAGGACUCCGCCGCGAUUCGGAACACCGCCGUUGCGGCCUUUGUCCCCUGAUACAGGGACCUUCACCCUUCGCGACCCGCCCAGCACCCAGAUCGGUUCGUUCGACGGACGCGCUCGAUCCCCAACACCAUACGAGGAUCCAGAGAUCAUUCGGCGCCAUUUGGCUGGGCCGCAGAAGUCUUCCGCGUCGAAUCUGGGUGCAAGAUACAGGUCGGCGAGUGGGGCGCAACAAGGGAAUGGAUAUGGCAGUGAGAAUGGAGACGGUGGUUCCGACGAUGAGGAAUUCUCUAGCUUGCAACUGCAGGGGGGAGACAUCACGAGGCAAAUAUAUCGAUGGACCGAACAGCAAGAAGCUGAGGAGCGGGCGAGAAUGAAACGGAGCGCAAGCUUUCACGCAUCCCGUCCCAAGCCAGACGAUCCAGUCCUGGAUGUGGGCUCAAUCAAACAGCCAGGCGGCUUUCGGCGGAACUUCCUCCGCAGGACUGCUGGAAGCCCGGCCCCUGCUUCAGGCCCUUCUAACUACGGAACCACUACGCAACCGCGACCUCAACCCCAGGUGUUCACCAACAACUUCUUGGAAUUCCUCACCCUCUAUGGCCACUUCGCUGGUGAAUCGCUGGAGGAAGAUGAUGAAGUCCUGGGACCUGACGAGUACUUCUCUCCAGAUGCUCUGGAUUCGGGUCUCCUGACUGAGGAAGAGCAAGAGUACGGAGAAUCAAGCGCCCUAUUGGCUCCCGGAAAGAAGCGUCGAAAACGAAAAGAUAAACAAGCAGGGAAAGCCAGCCCCACGGGCGCAGCAUUGCUAUUACUAAAGUCGUUUGUCGGCACAGGCGUCUUGUUUCUCCCACGGGCUUUCCUCAACGGCGGCAUGCUGUUUUCCAAUCUGGUUCUCCUUGGCAUCGCGGGCAUUUCCUACUUUUGCUUCGUACUUCUGGUCAAGACUCGCUUGGUGGUGGAGCACUCGUUUGGAGACAUGGGAUACCACUUGUACGGAAACUGGAUGCGGAACAUGAUCAAUUUCUCGCUGGUCAUCUCGCAAAUGGGCUUCACGUCGGCCUACAUUGUGUUCGUGUCGGAAAAUCUGCAGGCCUUCAUCCUGGCCGUGUCCAAGUGCCGGACAAACAUCGACAUCAAAUAUUUGAUAUUAAUGCAGAUGGCGGUCUUCCUGCCCAUAUCGCUGUAUCGCAACAUCAACAAGAUCCAGAAGUUGGCUCUGAUAGCCGACAUCUUCAUCCUUCUCGGGCUCGUUUAUCUGUACUAUUUCGACCUCUUCACGAUCGUUGGACAGGGCGGGGUUGCGGAUAUCGUCAGCUUCAACUCACAGUCUUGGACGCUCUUCAUUGGCACCGCAAUUUUCACAUUUGAAGGCAUCGGUCUCGUCAUCCCCAUCCAGACGGCGAUGAAGGAGCCGAAGAAGUUCCCUGGGGUGCUGGCCGGCGUCAUGGUGGUUAUCACCGUCGUCUUCACCAGCAUGGGGGCGCUGUCGUACGCGGCUUUUGGAUCUGCGACCAAGACUGUCGUGAUCCUCAACAUGCCGCAGGACAACAAAUUUGUCAACGGCGUCCAGUUCAUCUACUCGUUGGCGAUUCUGCUGUCGACACCACUGCAGCUGUAUCCGGCGAUUGAGAUCACCAGCCAGCAGCUCUUCAGCCGCACGGGCAAGUACAACCCGUACAUCAAGUGGAAGAAGAACUUCUUCCGGUUCUUCAUGGUGAUGCUGUGCGCGCUGCUGGCGUGGGUCGGGGCCAACGACCUGGACAAGUUUGUGAGCCUGGUGGGCAGCUUUGCGUGCAUCCCACUGGUAUAUAUCUAUCCGCCCAUGCUACACUACAAGGCCGUCUCUCGCACAGCGCGCGAGCGCAUCCUGGACAUUCUGCUCUGCAUCCUGGGCUUCGUCGGCAUGGUGUAUACGACGGUGCUCACAGUGCACAGCUGGGUGAGUGGGGGGCAGGCCAGGUUUCCCGGAUAUUGCGACCAGUGAUUGUUCGAUGUAAACCUUUUGGAGAGCUCACUUCUCAUAUGUUUUUGCAUAGAAGUCGAUUGGCAUGGCAUGGCGAUUGAACAUGUUUGUCUAAGAGCAUGUAUAUGUGGGAUGCAUUUAGAGGAUACCUAUGGAGUAGACGACGACGUAGAGGAUGCCAGUAACUAGACAGUAGCUAGAGAACAUACAUGUUAGCGCAUAUAGAUAUGAUGCUGGAAAUACUAAGGUCUUCUGGAAGUCUCCAGCCG